AUGGCGGCCGGUAGUCAUCCGAACGAGACGACCUUUGACAAGUGGGACUCUUCCUGCAGUACGCCCACCGAUGAAUACAGUGAGCCUGGUGGUGCGUGGAAACAGGACAACAUCAGGCUUAACACAGCCUCGUCUGCCAAAGAUCCAGUAUCUGCCCACUCGCUGUGGAUGACCGACAAUAUGUCCUUGGAGAACUUUGGAAGGAGAGGCGAGACUCAGAUGCCCGAUGUAUGGAAGCCACAAAAGAAGGAGCUGGUAAUCAUGAUCAGUCUAAGCUUCAUAUCAUUGAUGGUGGCGCUGGAUGCCACAAUCCUAGUCACGGUACUACCGGUAAUAGCACAAAAGCUUGAUGGUACUUCGGCUGAAGCGUUCUGGACGGGAACAUCGUACCUUCUCACCUCUGCCAUCUUCCAGCCGGUCAUCGCAUCGAUAUCCGCUGUCUUCGGCCGGCAACAGCUCCUCAUCACCUCGCUCCUCUUCUUCACAGUCGGUACGAUACUAUGCUCGGUCGCAGACAAUUUCACUGAGCUGCUCGGAGGAAGAUGCAUCCAAGGAAUUGGUGGUGGUGGGAUUAUAACGUUAACACAAGUCAUCUUUUGCGACAUCGUGCCGCUGAGACAACGCCCGAAAUACUUCGCGAUGGUUCUCGGAUGCUGGAGCAUAGGGUCCAUCAUCGGACCCGUAGUUGGUGGUAAGCUUGUGGAAAGCGCAUCCUGGCGAUGGGCAUUCCACAUCAACUAUCCAUUCUGCGCUAUCGGCUUCGCUGUUGCGAUCUUGUUCGUGCGCCUUGACGCGGUGGCGAAACUCACAUUCCAGGAGAAGCUCAAGCGGGUGGAUUGGCUGGGCGCAGUACUCUUCAUUGGCAGCAUGACGAGCUUGUUGAUUGGAAUCUCUUGGGGCGGCAUCCAGCAUCCCUGGGACUCAGUUGCGACUCUUGCACCUAUCAUCGCGGGGAUGACAGGAAUCGUUGCGUUCUUCCUGUGGCAAUGGUACAGAAAAGAGCACACCCUAUUGCCUUUGGCAGUGUUCGGAAGCUGGAGCGCAAUCGCCGCUUUUUACAACGCGCUGAUAAAUGGCCUACUAGCGGGUAUUGACAUGCUGCCGGUCGUCCUCCUCACGGUUCCCAGUUCAGUCAUUGUCUCGAUAUUGACGACGCGUCUUGGACGCUUCCGAUGGGCAAUUUGGGGUGGCUGGAUGGUUACGACACUUGCGUGCGGAUUGCAGGUUAUGCUCGACGUAGAUUCAACAACUGUUGUCACGUCAGCGCUUCUUGCCGUGUUAGGAAUUGGCAUGGGCAUGGUACUGACAAGUCUCAAUGUCGGCAUUCAGGCUAUUUCCAAGCCAGAAGACGCGGCAAUGGCCGCGAGCAUGUAUGGCUUUCUCCGAAGCCUGGGUAUGCCCAUCGGUGUUGCCCUCGCAGGGUCGGUCUUCUCCAACUCCAUGUCCGACAAGCUUUCAGAGCUAGGCCUGCCCACGUCGAUCGCUCAUGACUCCGAGCAAUACAUCUUCGUCUUGCGCAAAAUGGCGGACUCCCCGCAGAAAAGUGCCAUUCUUUCUUCGUACAUGAGAGGGUUCGAUUCGGUCUUCGUCAUGGUCACAGGUCUCUCAGCUACUGCGCUCAUCGUCAGCUUUAUGAUCAGAAAGUUCAGCAUGGACAAAAUACUGGUUGCGCAAUUCUCCGCGAAGUGA